UUGGUCAGGUAUGGUGUUCAAGAAAAUGAAAGGUUAACUUAUGGGAUAAAUGCUUGAACGAUCAAAACUUUUAUCAUUAUUUGAACUGUGCGAGUGAAGAUGAGUAACACGAAGGAAAAUUCUACAGCUCCGACCAAAAAUACAACUUCCGGAAACACGAAACCUUACGGAAAGAUUGUGUUAACAUUACAAAAUUGUCUUUUACCUGAGGACAAGCUCAAUUCAACGCCGUCGCAUUUAGAUGGAUUGGACGCGGAAACCGAAACAGAUUUACGAAUAUUAGGAUGCGAAUUGAUACAAACUGCUGGUAUUUUGCUGAAAUUACCGCAGGUUGCAAUGGCCACAGGACAAGUAAUAUUUCAACGAUUUUAUUACAGUAAAUCGUUAGUUAGACAUAAUAUGGAAACAACUGCAAUGGGUUGUGUUUGUUUAGCUAGUAAAAUUGAAGAGGCACCAAGGCGAAUCAGGGAUGUUAUUAAUGUGUUUAAUCAUAUAAAGCAAGUUUCCAGUCAAAAACCAAUACAACCAGUAAUACUCGAUCAAAAUUAUGUGGCAUUAAAGAAUCAAGUAAUUAAAUCUGAAAGGAGAGUUCUGAAGGAAUUAGGGUUCUGUGUUCAUGUAAAACAUCCUCAUAAAAUUAUUGUUAUGUACUUGCAAGUACUAGGGUAUGAGAAAAAUAGAACUCUGAUGCAACAAUGCUGGAAUUAUAUGAAUGAUUCGUUAAGGUCUGAUGUAUUUUUAAGACAUCAACCAGAAACAGUUGCCUGUGCAUGUGUCUAUUUAGGAGCUAGACAACUUCAACUUCCAUUACCUACUACACCUGCCUGGUUUUCCCUCUUUAAAGUUAACGAAUCUGCAAUUAGAGAUGUUUGCCGUCGUAUAUUACGACUUUAUUUCCGACCUCGCGUUAAACCGGAACAGUUAGAAAAACGUGUAGAGGAGCUUCGUCGUCAGUAUGAGGAAGCUAGAACCAAAGCAAGAGGAGGAGAUGUAGACAGCCAUACACCGAGUCCACCACUUCCUAAACAUCAUAAUGCCUGGGGCGGGUUUAUUAGCCGCAGUGGUACACACGCUGCACCCGAAAGGACAAAAUCACCUAGACGUUCAAAAUCUCCAAGUACUUCACCAUCUAGAGGUGAAGGAACAAAGCAUUCCAAAAGAAAGAAACAUAGUAGAAGCAGAUCACGCAGCCAUAGCCACGGACGAUCUCGGAAACCGAAAAAAGCACAACGAAGGCGAUCUGGCAGCCAUAAGUCUUCGCGUAGUCGUUACAGAUCACGCAGUCGAUCUCGGGAUAGAGAUACAGAAAAAUCAAGCAAACAUCGCAGUAAACACAGACGACAUUGAAUCACUCUAUGUAUAAAGAAUUAUUUCAUAUUAUAACAAAGAGACACUGCGAUUGCAUUAACAGUUGAAUUCAAUUUUGUAAUAUAAUAUGAGGCCUUUUUUUUAUCUGUUAAUUAA